GCGGGCUAGUCGCACAACCGGCGUUCUGAGGCCGUCGAAGAGAAUCCUCGUGAACCAGCGUCCACGCGUCCACGCAUCCUUAAUUGGCCUCUCCCUCUAACGUCAUGGUUUCCUACUGCGUCGUCGCAAUGGUCGUCGCUCUCUGCUGCUGGGCUUUCCAGCGGCUGUCCAUACCGCGCGUCGACGACGAUCUGGCCUCGGAGGUGAUCCUCGGAGUGCAGCGCGAUGACGGCUCGCAGCUGCCUCCCGUCUUCGGACACCGGGGUGGCGGCCUCGAUGCCCCCGAGAACACCCUGGCCGCCUUCCUAGAGGCGAAGAAAAACCACGCCUACGGAAUCGAGUUCGACCUUUGCUUCACGCGGGACGACGUCGCCGUCAUCUUCCACGACGAGACCCUCGAGCGGACCACCAACGGUACGGGCCGGGUGGAGGACACGACGUUCGAGGAGCUGCGUCGACUGGACGCCUCGUGCAAGCACCCGCUGGCGCAGCGUUUUCCGGCCGAGCGGGUCCCCACGCUCGGAGAAGCCGUCGAGGAGUGCCUCCGCCUCGACAUGCGGCUCAUCAUUGACGUCAAGAAGUACGACUACCGCGCAGUUCGGGCCGUCGACAAGCUGUUCCGCAAGCGAGACGAGCUGUAUCGGCGGGCGCUGGUCGCGUCCUUCUACCCCCAGUUCGUGUACGCGCUGCGGAGCCGAAAUCCCGCCAUCGUAACGGCGCUCACUUGGAGGCCCGGGUUCCUGACCUACGAGGACAUCAAUAACACGCGACCGCGCUACGAGUCUCGCCCCUACCACUGGACGGCGCAAGUGGCCGACUGGCUGCUCGACAAGGCCCUCCACACCGGCUUGCUGCCUCACCUGACCGGCGCCUCCGCCGUUUUGAUCAGCACCAACAUGAUGGGCCCCGAGUACGUGCGCGCCUGGCGCAAACGGGGUGUGCACGUGAUCGCCUGGACCUCCAACCAUGCGGCCGAAAAGGACUUCCUACGCCGAAAACUGCGGGUCCCCAUCAUCACCGAUACCAUGCGCCAGGUCUAGCGAGCACGCGCGCUAGACAAUUAUUCGUGCCUAUUCGCUUUCCUCCUUUUCUUUUUUUUAUGCCAACACGCAUCCGCGCGUGACGCCUA